GCUGUUUUUUUCGACACAGCAGGCUACAGGGAAGAAAACAGCGAAAAUGGGGAAAUUAACGCACGCAUCAUAUAAAAGAUAUGCGAAAGUGAAGUGUAUGGCUUAGUUUCACGAUUCUUGUGCGUUUGAGACGACGCCGUUUCUUACGCAUGCGCAGUGGGUUUUCGUUCGCCGGCAAAGAUGUUCUUUUUCGCACUGUUACCUCUGUUCUUCGUCGGCGCGCUCACGCAAACUGUGCAAACUGUACACGAACCCAUGACCGAGCAUAUUUAUUUCUAUCCACGGCCCGGCGAUGAAGCAGCGCACAACAUUUACGUUAAGCCCACAGAUCUUAUAACGCGUCAUCGUUUACAGCUUGUGACGGACUGGCCCUACCCUGGCGUCAUGGGUGGCCAAGUACACAAACCCAUCGAUUUGGUCGCCACUGCUGAGGUCAGCUCCCAGCCUAUUUACUUCCGGAAGCGCGACAAUCUCGCCAAUGUCAAACUCAAGCAGAAACAGAAUAUCUUAUAUCUACAAUUGCCGAUGUUAGCGCAGAGUAAACUACAUAUUCCUAACGAAAGUGAGAAUAAAGUUUUGUAAUCAAGUCAAAAUACAUAUUUUUUUUAUCAAAAUUA